UACGAUUCGGACGUAAUGAUGUGCGCGGAUGAGCGGGUAAUGAGGCAAGGUUACCGGCGUCUGUUUCAUUAUACAACCACGGAGCCAAGGCAAGCAUUCUCAUUAUCUCAAGGCAUUGUUUAGAUGUCGUAACGCACAUGGUGAGGGGCGAGGUAACUAUUUUAAUUUAGGGAGAAAAUCUCCAAUUUCACGAUUUAGCGGAAGUGCUAUCCCAGGCCCUUGCAGUCCCAUGUGUUUUGCGAGGGCGAAAAGGCGACAGAUGGCUCGGAAAUUACGCGUGCUGUGGUCCGAGGAUUUCAGUGUGAACUUUUGAAGACGUAUUGUGCUUUGGGUGUCUACGUGUCGUCAAUAACUCCUCGCUUUCGGUUGCCAUCGGACCACAUCUGUCUAUCACUUUAAUGUGUCAGUCUUGUAGCAGGACAGUUGUCAGUGUAGGCCAUUGUGAACACAGAGCUAUCUGCACAUGAACAUGUACAGUGCACAACAUGAAUGGCAUUUUGGAGUUACGAGAUGGACUACGGGGUGUAGCGUGUCGUAGCCGUGGGGCAUGCCGUAUGGCACCCGUCAUCACAUCCAGCAAUUCACGCCCAGUAUUAGAGUCCGGGGACUCAAACCACCGCAGUGAUUGAUUCACGGCAAGUAAUUCACGACAUUAUUUUUUUCUGAAUCUUUGCCGAAGUAUACCCUGACAAUUACAAAUCUAAAAUACCUCAGUUAUUUAAAGUGUUUUGAUAUUCUACUCGAUGUCAAGUAGAAGUAAGGAAUAAUGAAUGGAUCAAGAAUGAUAAUUUUAUCCGCGUUUUCUGACUCACUGAGCAUUAUGCAUUGUAUGCGCAGCUUGCUCUAUGGCUGAAGUGACUCAGUAACCAUGUCAACAAACCGAUGUACGUGAAUUUCAUUACGAACUGGUUAAGCGGUGGUAAAGCGGUUUGCUCUAUUCGAGGGAUGUGCUAUUAUUGGAUAUUGUAUCAAAUGUGUAUGUGCUGUUAGACCAUUCAUUGCUCAAUGGUUAGACUAGACAGUGCACGGUACACUCUUCAACCAAGGUCUACACCAUUGGUCUGGCCGGAAACCGGUGACUUUUCCCGCUCACACACGGGUAGCGUUUUCUCUUCCUGCCUAUAAAGAUCUACGCUUAUUUUAGAAUUAUAAACUGGGAAAACCAGCCCAUCCACCCGACGAACGAGUCACAUGAACAUGACAGCACAAUAUGAAUAGACAUCAACGUCUGAACAUCUAUUCUGGGUUCAUCGGUUGUCCCAUUGAACAUUGGACAUCGUGGAUAUAUAAAAUAGCAGAGUUUGCGAAAAUUGGAUUCAUUACUUCGGUGGAGGUUAAACUGGACUGUCUAGCGUGCUCGAAUUGAAAGUGUACCUAUUGAACGUGCUAUCUAUAUUUUGAUGCUAUAAAAGUACUUGGUGAUGAUGGAAUAAGCCUGUGUGAGUCAUAGUUAACAGCUUGUUAACGCAAGAGCAUUAUUAUCGCAGUCAUUAAAAGGACAUGAUAAUUUCGGACCGGGUCUUUAAUAUUACAAUGACUGCUGCUAUGCGUGGCAACAUGUCGUCUCUAUGGAUGUUCUUCUUUGUCGUGGGGAUAACUUUACAACGGAGUUUGGCGAUUUACACGUUUCGCGAGCAACCGUCGGACACUAGCGCGUUGCAGGGGAGCACAGUGGUGCUUCACUGCUCCGUUGAGCAGUACAUAAACACCACGGCCAUCGUUUGGUGGAGCCGUGACUCGGUCAUCAGCCACAACAAAGACCUGAAACUGUCCAGUCUAAACACCGACCAGCUCCAAAGGUACUCGAUUUCAGGCGACGCAUCUCGGGGGGAAUUCAACCUUAGAAUAGUGAACUUUACCGCCACAGACGCCGCCAGUUACCGCUGUCAGAUGUUUGCGGCGUCAACCCACGAGGGAUUUUUUAAAUUCUCUCACACCGCAGAGCUGACCGUUGCACCAUUCGAUCCCCAGUGUUACGUGAAGUCCUCGGUCAGUAUACCUAUGGUAGGAGACACUGUAGAUUUAGUGUGUGAAUCACGUAACCCGAACUAUAUGGGGGAACUGAGGUGGAUGUACUCGGCUAAAUCAUUGCCAUCGUUUCUGACUGGUAACACGUCUCGUAACCCGGUUUUGCGGAACGUCGUGACGCGUGUGUUGACAUACAAGGAUUACGACGCACGUUUUAUGUGUUUUGAGCAGAGCCGAACGUGCUUUCUCAUCCCGUUACGUCGUUUUAUUCCAGUACUCCUGCAAGCUGCCGACGAAAACCCAAUGAUCGGAGACAAUUUAACGUACAGGUGUGUGGCAAAUAAAGACCUUAGACCCCUCGCCUAUAACUGGUUCAUCAACGGUCACGACACCGGAGUAUACACUGAGGAAUUUACCUUUGGACCCGUGAAUGCAUCGCACAACGCCAGUAUCUUAGAGUGUGCUGUGAAACAUUCCACUGGUUUUAAAGGUAAUGAUAGCGUAACAAUUAAUUUACAGCAAACACUAAACGGCGGUUCUAGUACCAUGUCCCCCGAUACUGGCGGGUUUUCCCGUCCACGCACCUCAACUUUUGGAGGUGGGUUGUCCCCUGGUUUAGAAUCCACAUCCCUGCUAAACGCCCUCUUUGAAAACCAGGGGAACGCGAAAACACAAGAAGACACAUGGGAUGGACUUAUUAUGCCGUUAGUAAUCAGCGCUUCGGUUGUUGGGCUCUUACUCAUUACCGUAAUUGUACUCUUGACUGUAUUUCUCUCCCGCCAGAGGGCGUCUAACCGUAGAGUCACUGAUUCAAAGACUACUGACACACGUGGUCCGCCAUCGGAUUGUGUGCCGCUUGACUAUGUCGCAAACACGAUUACCGAUUCCCCAUCCAUUAGUAUCGGUACUUUGAAAGGAUAUAAGAACCCAGCCGGCUGUGGUUCAGUGGACACAUUUGAACUGGAUACGGACCCUGAAUGUCAGCCCGAGUAUUUCACACUGGAACACCCGUACUCAAACCCGUACUACGAAGGAAUACCAGGACAGGCGAAGCUCGAACAAAAAAGUAUCGACACUGAGAAUCAAUGUUCAGAGUUUGACGGUAUCGAAGUGUCGGAAACCAUUACUCCGGACUGUGAUUUGACCGCUCGUAAUCGCAGGUUUAGUUUUGGGUCGAGUCGUCCACCCCCGGUACCAGCGGGACCCAUUGCAUUGCCUCAGGUAUCAAUGAUAAUCCCACCUGAAUUUGGGGGCAACGAUGCCGAGGUGGAGUCUCUUGUUGCUGCGUAUGCCAUAACGGACGUUGCACGCCCGUCAGGAACAUCAGAUGCAAAGCACCGCGGUGGAAGUCUCAAGCGCCCUCUGCCGGCAAGGCCUAGUGAGUACCGCGCACCUAGUGUGACAUUCGUAGAAGAGCAACCGUUCCGCCGGUUCGGUAGUUUGAAGUCUCUCGGCCAACCAGCAGUCGGCGCAAUGGCGAGAUCGAACAGUCUUAAGCGACCUCUACCAGCUAAACCCAAAGAUGAUGCAGUCACACCUGGGCACCGUACUCCAGACCCUUACCGUGCCCCUAACUCCCUAUUCGCCAACAUUCCUCCAUUUUUAUCUAGUGAGGCAUCCGCUGUAGCCGUCCUAGGAGCCGAGAGUGACCGCCCCAGUGCCGUCACUAAAACACAUAAAUUCCAAUUACGCGAUGUCCCACAGAAAUACCAAAGACCAGCCAACGUUAAUCUGGAGAGAUUAUCGGCUGCAACGUCGGCAAGUGAAGGGGACUACGCGGAGAUAGAUUCAGACCAGGAUGUAACUGAAACUGACAACCUCCUUUCAAACUAUCAGACCAACGAAAACAAAGCCAAAACCCCCAGCACUGGGAUUGAUGAUUCUGACUCAGAAAGUAAGGAUACGGGAUCACUUGAGAUCGAGGUUGUGUUCGAAGAUGAUUACGCAAUGGUUGAUGAAAGUGAAGACCAAUCAGAUUCUAUCAAUGAUCUUCGCAACCAAUCAUCGCCAACCUUACAGCCAAAGUUAACAUGCGAGUUACCUACGGACUCGGAUUGUGAGGACACAGUUGUGUCUCCCCUCAAAGACACUCACCAAGAAAACCCCAAAUUGAACAAAGACGGGACACUUCAGUACGCCCGGGUUCAAAAACCUAAAUGUGUAAGCGGCUCAGUCGGUGAUGCUAAGGAGAGUUCGGACGGUGUAAACAAACGGCCAUGUGCUUUGGACUUGUCGCCAACUAGUGCGUGUUUCCCAACGGAAACGCCUGAUAGUUGUCAAGAGAGGGCGUUUGUUCAAACUGCCGAACCCCAUUAUGCUCUGGUCAAAUAGAGUUGUAUUUACCAACAUGCAAGGUAUCGCUGUUGUUUGUGGAGAAGUAAAAUCAUUUCAAUCCUCAUAUUUAACCAAUAACAUUAAUAGCUAUUGCAGUGUGCAACUUCAAACAAUAAUGAUAGUUAAGAAACAAAGCAUGCAAUGAUGCCACCCAUCUCUGACAUUGUUGUUUUACUUUUUGAAAAUCCAGCUGGGACAGAAUUAAAGGAACACGUUGCCUGGGAUCGGUCGCCUUG